UUUUCUGGGAAAUCAGCUGUAAGGAAACGCAUGCUCGGUUCGUCUGAAGUAAAAUGGUGGUUUCGUCUUAGAAGGGAAGAAAGAAAGCCGUGAAAACUGGUUGAAAACCGUUUAUCUGUGUAAAUAAAUGCCUUACGAUAUGUCAUCACAUGCAGAAAAUGCAGCCAACAGGCUUAAGUCAUACAAAAACAAAGCCCUAGAUUCACAAGAGCUCAGACGAAGACGCGAAGAAGAAGGCGUCCAACUCAGGAAACAGAAACGAGAUGAACAGGUUUUCAAAAGAAGAAAUGUUUCCAUGCCAACUAGAGGUCCAGAAGAAUUUGCUGGAGGAAAUAUCCAUGACAACACAGUCAGUUCAACGCCAUAUACCGGUGGCAUCACUCAAGAAAUGAUUCAGGUUUUGUACAGUGAAAAUGCAGAGGAACAAGAGGCUGCCACUCAGAAGUUCAGAAAGCUCCUUUCAAGAGAACCCAACCCUCCUAUAGACGAAGUCAUUCAAACAGGAAUUGUUCCCAGAUUUGUUGAAUUUCUUCAGAAAGAUGGCAACUGCACCUUACAGUUUGAAGCUGCGUGGGCCCUCACAAACAUAGCGUCGGGAACCUCCCUUCAGACACGAGUGGUGAUAGAAGCAGGUGCUGUGCCAAUUUUUAUAAAGCUGCUUGCCUCAGAUAUUGAGGAUGUUCAGGAACAGGCUGUGUGGGCUUUAGGAAAUAUUGCUGGGGAUAGUCCGGAGUGCCGGGAUUAUGUGUUGAAUGAAGGAAUUCUUGUCCCUCUAUUACAGUUAUUAAGCAAAAACACAAGCAGUUUAUCUAUGACUAGGAAUGCCGUAUGGUGUCUAUCAAAUUUAUGUAGAGGAAAAAAUCCCCCACCAGAUUUUGCAAAGGUGUCCCCUUCUUUACCCGUGUUAGCCAGACUGCUGUUUCAUACAGAUAAAGAUGUUUUGGCUGAUGCAUGUUGGGCAUUAUCUUACCUGUCCGACGGUCCCAAUGAAAAGAUUCAGUCUGUGAUAGAUUCAGGGGUGUGUCGCCGAUUAGUAGAACUCCUUAUGUACACGCAGCAGAGUGUUGUUUCAGCAGCGCUACGAGUGGUGGGUAACAUAGUCACCGGGGACGACUUUCAAACACAGGUCAUCUUGAACUGUUCUGCUCUGCCAUGCCUGUUACAUUUACUCAGUAGCUCAAAAGAAUCAAUUAAAAAGGAGGCAUGUUGGACAAUUUCAAACAUCACAGCAGGAAACAGAAUGCAAAUACAGAGUGUUAUUGAUGCCAAUAUAUUCCCUGUUUUGAUUGAUAUUUUGGGCAAAGCCGACUUCAAGACGAGGAAAGAGGCAGCUUGGGCAAUUACUAACGCCACAUCAGGGGGAUCCCCUGAACAAAUCAGGUUUUUGGUAGAUCAGGACUGUAUCCCUCCAUUGUGUGAUUUACUGACAGUGAUGGAUGCCAAGAUUGUACAGGUGGCUCUAAAUGGCUUAGAAAAUAUUCUGCGAUUGGGCGAACAGGAUGCAAAGAACCACAAUGGCACAAAUCCUUACGCUGUUUUAAUUGAGGAAUGUUAUGGUUUGGACAAGAUAGAAUUUCUACAAAGCCACCAGAACAGAGAAAUAUACCAGAAAGCCUUUGACAUGAUUGAGCGAUACUUCGGAACUGAGGAAGAAGACAAGGCUGUCGCACCCCAGAUGGAUGAAAAUGCACAGCAGUAUGAAUUUAAUGCCCCCGCUGAAAAUGUUCCUAUGGGUGGUUUCCAGUUCUAGGGGUAUUGACUGUUUCAUGGGCAAGAACUGUGGGGAUGCGGUGAAGGAGGUUCCCGUUACAGCAUGUUUUGUUGAAGGUGGAUUUUGAAGGAAGUUGUCAUCUUACAAGAACAAUCUCGUUUUUUUUUUACGUUGAUGGUUCACCUGGUUUGCAAUAUUUAGGUGUAUUUGAUUAAAUCAGCUGAAAUUUUUUUCCUUCAUUGAUUUCUAUGAAAGUAUAUUUCAAUCAUACUUUAAAAAUUUAUGAUGGUAAAUUCAGCUUAUUUUCUUCGUCUUUAUAUGUACAACUUCAGACUGUAGUUGAUAUUUUUUAUUAGGAAAAAGUUAAGUAUAUGUUGUUUUUGUAUCAGAGAAUAUUUCGUCAGUGAAGAAUGUACCUGUUGUGAAUUUUGGAAUGUUUGUAAUUUAAUAUUGAGCUUAAUAUUUUUCUUCUUAUGUCUUUUGUUUUCAUGGGAAUUUUUCUGGGGUUUCAUUGUGUUAAAAGGCUUAGCUGAGCAUAUAUGUUGUUAAUUUUGUUUCAAGUCUUUAUUAACAUGGUUUAUUUAAUUUUCUUUCAUUGUAAUGCAGAAUCUCGAUGUGGUACAACAGCUAUAGAAGUUAAAAAGUUUUGUCUAAACCAAUUUCUUUUCUUCUAGGAUUAGAUUCUUCUGCUUUUUAUGUACAUGGAAAUUGUAGCCAAGCUAUUCUGUAUGUUUCUAUUUUCAUAUUUUUACUCAACACAUUUUCUGCUCUUGUAGACGUCUUGUAAAUAACGCCAAAGAUGUAACAACAAAAAGUCACAUGGUACCCACUUACAGACUUCAAACUACAUAGUUUUGGUACAAAAAAAAAAAAUGACUCGUCAUUUAAUUUUUACGCAACCACGAAACAACCUUUCAUGUUAAGGAUGUACUACAAGCUGCCUGAUCAGCUGAUGUUCACACAGACACACCUCACUGCCAAACAGAACACCGUACUUACAUGACAAUAACACAUGUGCUGAACAGGAAAACACUUGCCCCAUAGUUAUAUUAUUUGCCCUCAGGAUUAAGUGUUCAUGAUGAUUUCUGAUUAAGUAAAGCCCCAAAGAUCUCACUUUUGUAUAGCCCACAGUUGGGAAGAACAUGCAAGGUUUAGUUCUCUCCCUUUGUUAUACUUUUUUAUUCUAUUGCCGAUAAGGCAAAUGGUGCUUUUUUUUAUUAGGAUGAAAUUUCUUAUCUUUGUUAAAUCUUCAAGUAUGAAUUACCUCGAAAAUCUCAACGGAUUAAUUGAGAUUGGCAUAAUAAUGGAUACUAGGUCGAAGGAGACCAUGGUAGAGAAGCUACUGAUCCUGGGAAUAGGAUCGAGUUGUGAUACCCGAUGAAGAGUUUUGCCCCGUUGUAUUGUUGUAAGACAACACUUCCUCUGAGAAGUUCCUGGGGGAGGGGGGUCCUUGAGGAUAGUGAACACUUUCCCCAUUGUUAGGGUCCCCAGUUUCAUAGUACACGCCAAGAGGGAGGGAAAGCCCCCCUGUACAUAACACCAAAUCACACAGACGAUACAAGAUUCCACACUGUCAAUUGUCAAGUCAAAUGUGUGACCAUUUAUGACAAAUAAAUCAUUAAACUAUUA